AUGAAACCCAGGUCACUUCAACUCACCGCUUGCUUAGUUUGCCUGAUCUCAGUUGAAGCAGCCAAAGAGCUCGUGUUCGUGCAAGCUAUCUGGAGGCAUGGAGAUCGAGCACCUUUGUCACUUCCUUACCCAAAUGAUCCAUAUACUGAAAGUGCAUGGAUACGAGGGUGGCAACAGUUGACUAAUAUAGGUAUAGCACAGCUGAAUGAACUUGGUAGAUAUUUCCGAAAAACGUAUGGUACCUUUAUCUCACCUAAUUAUAUUCCUAGUCAGGUCUACAUCCAAUCCUCGGACUCAGAUCGAGCUCUUACCUCAGCGCAAUCAUUCCUCACAGGUUUUUACCCUGCUCAAGACAAUUUCCAAUGGCAAAACGGCAACCCUUGGCAACCAAUUCCUAUCCAUGUACAAUCGCCUCAAAAAGACGAUCUGCUACUCAAACCAACAUCAGUGGACUGCAAGGACUACGAUAGCCUUGUAGACGCUGACGACGCUGAACAAGCGGCUAUAUAUAAUGUACAAUAUGCGGAUCUAUUCCAAUUUCUUGAGGAAAAGAGUGGCAUUGCAAAUUUCUCCUACGUCAACGUCAACAAGAUCUACGAUGUGCAAAGAGAGUUGACAAACAACAUGACGGAAAAGCAACCCGCAUGGAUAUUUCAAACAUGGCCACAGUAUGGGAAUCGGAGUACUAUGGAUAUUAUCAGCGAGCUGCGACCUAUACGAAUGAUGACGAAGUUUAAUUCACCUCAGAAGUCAAAGGUGAUUGAGUGA